CCUCCCCGGAUCUGACAGGCACGCACGCACCUUGUGCUUGUAAACACAAGCUCACACGUGACACCGUGAGCCGAGCCGCGUCGCGCGACGGCAUUGUCUCCGAUCGGACAAAGAGCCACUCGGUCAGAGCGCGAGCAGCGGUCAGGUGAGCGGCCAGGUGCCAUGGCAACCGACGGUUUGUGCCGCAGUACGAUGCCCACUUCUAACCCCCCAUCACCCCUCGGUGUCCGAGCCAGUCCGGCCGCUUGAACUUCUUCAUGUCCGAACCGUUCGGAGACACGACGACGGUAGCUGCGUUUUCGGCCGCUCGCUCUCAGCUGGCGGCGGGUUAGCAACGGAGGAGAGUCUUUGUUUCUGAAUUUAUCCGCUCUGUGUUUUCGCCGCUGCUGCUGCGCCAAAUCUUACUUUUUAUUAGCUGCCGUUAGCGGCCGUGAGCUAGCAGCAGCGUUUAGCCUCGACAGCAGAGGCUAACGUUAAUCUACGUGUCGUGUUUACUGGCUGGAUGAGAUGUCUUUCACCAUGGAGGAUAACCUGGAGUCCGGCUGGGUGUCCGUCCGGCCCAAAAUCUUCGACGAAAAAGAGAGACACAAAUUCGUUUUCAUCGUGGCCUGGAACGACAUCGAGGGAAAGUUCGCCAUAACCUGCCACAACAGAACCGUGCAGAGACGGAGCACCGUUCUGGACCUCGACUGUAGCCCCACCGCGCUGCUUCCUGCCCCGAAAAAACACACGAAAAGUACCGUCACGACGCCGAAGGAUGAAGUCUGCCGGGCGGGUGUAGUUAGACCGCACUCGGUCCCCAAAGGAAAAAACACAACCAAUUCUCAGAAGGCUACAAAAGUCGGUGGUUCCAAGACAUUUGAGUGUAUCAGUCCCAGUCUGGGGUCCUGGGAUAUUGUGACACCCAAGGUAGUAGAAAUGGAGAUCCUGGACCCGGUGGAUGUCCUGCUGUCUCCGGAUGACCCAGGGGACGGUGAGAGCAGCGGCCGGGAGGACUUCAGCUGGGCCGGAUUGUUCUCUUUCCAGGACCUGCGUGCUGCUCACCUCCAGCUGUGCGCCGUCAACUCGGACCUGGAGCCGUGUUUACCGUCGUUCCCGGAGGAGCAGUCCGGCGUGUGGACGGUGAUCUUCGGUGCCACCGGCGUGUCUCAGCGGGAGACGGACGCCCUGUGCUACCAGCUGCAGGUGUACCUGGGUCAUGCCCUGGACACCUGCGGCUGGAAGAUCCUCUCGCAGGUGCUUUUCUCCGAGAGCGACGACACGGAGGAGUACUACGAGAGCCUGAGUGAGCUGAGGCAGAAGGGCUACGAAGAUGCUCUGGAGAGGGCCAAAAGACGCAUGCAAGAGGUGCUGGACAAGCACAAAGCCAUAGACAGCAUGGUGGAGCUGCUGCAGGUGUACCCCGAGGAGGACGAGGCGUAUGGAGAGCUGCUGGAGGCAACAACUCAGCUCUACCACUACCUGCUUCAGCCCUUCAGGGACAUGAGGGAACUGGCAAUGUUGCGCAGACAGCAGAUUAAGAUAUCUCUGGAGACGGAGCGCCUGGGGCCUCGUCGUGUGGAGAGCCUGAGGAAGGAGGAUGAGGAGUGGCAGAAGAAGGCUCAUGCCGCUGUGCUCUCCAUUCAAGACCUGACUGUCAAGUUCUUUGAAACCACGACUCGGGCUCAGAAAGCUCUAUAUGAGCGGAUGCGUGCUGACCAGAGAAAGUUUGGCAAGUCUGCGUGGACGGCAGCGGUUGAACGUAUGGAGCGGCUGCAGUACGCCGUCUCCAAAGAAACUCUGCAGCUGAUGAGAGCCAAGGAAAUCAGCCUGGAACAGAAGAAGCAUGGCUUGAAGGAGGAGAUGCAGAGUCUGCAGGGUGGUGAGGAUGCCAUGCUGCGUCUGGACCAGCUGGAGGCGCUGUACUACGAGUUACAGCUGCAGCUGUAUGACAUUCAGGCUGAGGUGCUGCGCUGUGAAGAGCUGCUGCUGACUGCACAGCUGCAGAGUCUGCGCAGGCAGAUGACAGAGCGGCAGGAUGAGGUGGUAUACUAUGAUGCCUUUGAGAGCCCUGAUGCCAUGAAGGGUGAAGAAGACCCAGCGACCCCGCCGUCGCCUCUCAGAGAUGAAGAACUCAGUGUCCUACAGCAGAGGACCCGGCAGCUCGAGGCCCGCAGGGGCCGCAUCACCGCCAAGAAAGCCUACCUCAAAAACAAGAAGGAAAUUUGCGUCGUCAAUCACAACCAGAAGAUACAACAGCGCCAAGGUAGCCAUGGUGACGGCAGCUCUCCUUCCUCACUGCAACAGGAUGGAGACGCUGAUGAAGAUGAUGAAGCCAAGCGAAAUGCCAGAGUGAGCCAGGAGAGGCAGAGGACCCUAGACAGGCUUCGCAGCCUCAAGCAGCGUUAUCCAGGACAGGUGACUCUGAAGUCCAGCCGGCUACGUCUGAGUCAAGCUCACAGUCGGAGGCGAGUGGGGCAGCAGCCCAGCACCCAGGCGGCCAGCGUCCAGACCGACUGCAUCUCAGAUCUCCCAGAACUCUCUGCUCCUCCUCCACCCGACUCCUGCGACUACGACAGCGUGUCUUUACCUACAGUCGAUCUCCAAAGCCUCGACUCCUCGCCUCCCUUCCUCUCGCUGCCUCCCCUCUCCGCUUCACCGUCCAUUCUUUCACUCGGGCCGCCUCCGCCCCCUCCCCCGCCUCCUCCUCCUCCACCACCCCCGCCCCCACCUCCCUCCUCAGAGGACCGGCAGCAGGUUGAGGAAAGGAGGCAGAACAGUCCCAGGGGCAGCCCAGUGAGGAACCUGCAGUGUGAGUCGGAAUCGGCCUCGCUGCCGCUGGCUCCGUUCUCCCCUCGCUUUUUCGAUAGCAGCCAGCUGGAGACGGCGAGGAAGAAGCUGAGGAAGACGGCAUCUCUGGACUCAUCGCAGUGGAGGAGAGCGAGCUCCCCUAUGGACGAGGUGCUGGCCUCUCUCAAACGGGGCAGUUUCCACCUGAGGAAGGCCGAGCUGCGGGUCCUGGGCCCCGACCCGGACGACGACAGCAACAACAUCCUGGCUCAGAUCAGGCAGGGCGUCCGGCUGAGGAAGGUACGGACCCGACCGGAGCAGCAGCGCCACCCCAAGAGCUUCCCCCACUCAGCGGACGCUCUGACCCGCAGCAUCCACGAGGCCCUGAGGAGAAUCAAGGAGGCCUCACCAGAGUCAGAGUCUGAGGAUGAAGGCCUGCCCUGCACUGACUGGGAAAACUAGUAAACUUUUACGGAUACAUGGAGCCAAAAUGAAGAGAAAAUGACGGCCCAAGAUGAGCAGACAAACUGGGCUUAAAUCACCUGGAGACACUUUGGUGCAAACUGAACAAAAAACCCUUGAUUUAAUUUUUUUUUUUUUUACAUAUACUAGAAGACUGUUUUUCAUACUUGUGUUUGUAAAAAUGGACCACUAAUCUUUUUUUUUAAUGUCAUUGCUGUGGCGCUCUGGGCGAGGAUACAACCUCUAACCUCUCAUUAUGUCCGAGUCGUACUGUAGCUCGCUGUGAUGGGUUUGUUUUAGGAAGUGAGCAUCGUGUUCCUCUGGCUUACAGUGGCAGCAAACGCACAUCAGCUCCUCACUCAAUACGUUUGCUGCACACUUUUACGUUUUGCUACACAAGAACUGUUUGUACUGUAACGUCCUGAUGCAGGAUCUAAAAAUUUACGGAAGCGUUUGACGUUUUGGGAACCUGCUGCUGUCUGUAGCUUCAUAUUUAGCACACACAUGAGAGUAAUGUUCAUAUUUACCAGCGUAUUUCCCAAAAUUGUCAAACUGAGAAGUGUGGGUCCUCAUGUUUGUCACAAUGGAGGAUGAUUUGUUCCAGUCUGGAUCUCCAACAUGUAGAUCAGGACUUUAAAACUGUGGAGUAACCUCUCCGAAGCUGGGCGACUUCAAAGUAAAACGCAAGUAGCUGCCAAAUAUAACGGCUUCAUCCUGGAAGGCUGUCGAUGCACGGCUUUUCUCCUCGUGAAAAUAAGCAACACUGGUGAUUGUUCGACCCGUUACAAGUCAGUCAGAUGAAACUACAGUAAUGAAAGUCACACCUGCCCUGCUUAAAGUCGUGACCCGGUCACAUCCAAACAAAGACUUAACCCUCGUGUCGUCCUGCGGGUCAAAUUGACCCGUUAUAAAGUUUGAAAAUAUGGGGAAAAAAAGACAUUUUUAUGUCCACAUUUUCAACUUUUUGGGGAAAUUUUUGAACAUUUUUUUUGGUGGGGAAAAAAAUAUUUCUUUAAGAACAUUCACAAAAAAAUCAACCAAAAUUCAGCGAAAUUCGCUGAAUUUUGGUUGAUUUUUUUGUGAAUGUUCUUAAAGAAAAUAUUGUAAAUUUUACUGAUAGAUAUGUAAUCACUUUAGAUCAUUUUAAGAUUUUUUUUGAAGAUUUUUAACUCAUUUUUUAAAAAGAUUUACAAGAAUUUUCUUGCGAAAUUUUUUUUUUUAAAUAUUUUUUUAAGGAAAUAUUGGAACUUUCUUCCUGAAGACAAGGAAACAAUAUUUUUUGGUAAACGAAGACAACAGGAGGGUUAAAACUCACGCAGGCUUUUUUUCUGCAUAGAUGAUUUUUGUCGCAUCCCACAGAGGUUCGUUGUAGCAGUCUGCGUCAAAGGAAAAUCACCAGUGGCAAAAAAUGAUGAAUGAAGUUACCAGUUUUGUCAGUGGAGCUUUAAUUUACUCAAAUAUGUCAGGAAAAACAGACACAUUGCCUUUGCUGUUGCCUGACAUACAUUUAGAUUCAGGUUAACUCGCGUGUUCUGAUUGUAUCUGUGAAUCUAUGAAGCCGCUUAGAAAUCGCAGAAAGAAGGAAUGCAGCCAUAGUCGUCUGCACGUUCAUACGUAACGUGUUGCAAAGAAAACUUGUACAUUUGAGACACAAAGUGUGCGAGAAGCAGCCACAGAUCUGAUAUUUCCACCGUCGUUUAGAAGCCAACACUGGAAAUAUUAGCACGUGAGCAGCUGUUUGUCUGUUGACUCGUGCGUGCUCUUGUGAUACUGUUAAUGCCAGCUCAGUAUUCUCACAAAAUAUAUACGUAAAGCAUUUAUGUUUCAGCUUCAUCUGAAACAUAAAUGAUUACUUGAAUCUAGCUGAUGGAGAAUGGAUUUACUGUAGUAUUUAAAUGUCUGCACAAGAAAAAAAAAAGAAAUGUUAAAAAUGUUUCUUUAAGAACAUUCACACAAAAAAUCAACCAAAAUCCAGCGAAAUUCGCUGGAUUUUGGUUGAUUUUUUGUGUGAAUGUUCUUAAAGAAAAUAUUAGAAGUUUUGCUGAUAUAUAUGGAAUCACUUUAGAUAUUUUUAGGAUUUAUUUUUGGAAGAUUUUUGGAAUACUUACAAAAAGUUUCUUGCCAAAUUUGGGGGAUUUUUAAAAAAAAUAAAACUCUUCAGGAAUUAUUGGCAUUUUCUUCCUGAAGGUUUGGCAAAUUUUCAGAAAUCUGGGGAAUAUUUUUUUUUUUUUUUAUCAGCUAAGGAAAACUAUUUUUUGGUGCCUAUAAAUGAAGACAACAGGAGGGUUAAAGGAAAAGCAGACGUAAAUCGCUUUAAUGUGGCUCCACUCUUCAGAGAUUUUACCUGCAUCUAUUUUUUUUAUUAUCAGUUUUUAAAACAGAAUUAAGCCUCUUCCAUAGGAAGAUUUGCUGCAUUUUUUUCUGUUUUAUGUAAUUCUAAACUGAAUAUCUUGAGGUUUCACGGUGUUUGGCUGGACAAAGUGAACAUUUGAAGAUUUUACUUCAGGCUUUAGGACAGUGUGAUGGCUGUUUUUCAUCGUUUCUUCCACAUAAAUGAUUGAAAAAGUGACCAACCAGCAGACAGAUUAUUAGACAGUGAUUUGAAAAGCUUUCUCUCAGUUGGCAGGGAUUUGUUGCGGCUUCAUCGCCCUCUGCUGGUAACAGCCCUGACAACAUUUGGAUCACAUGAUGUUUAUAUUUAUUUUGCAGUUUAUUUUCUCUUUCCACUGCCUUGGUUUUUUUUUUUUUCCCGCACAUUUUGUUUUUCCGAGCUUACUUACUUUUACUGGAGUUGUUGUUUGACUUUGUUGUGUGUGUGAUUUUUUUUUUUUUUUUAAUGUUUUAUACCAAACCUGUUUUUCACUGAAACCCACAUUUACUUGGAUUUAACAUGUCGUGCACCGAGCACCAGAACUCAUUUUAAAACACAGUUCUUCUUUUCUUUAUGGAGAGUUUGAAGAGAAAAUUGACACCGCUUGUGUUUGUGCUUUAACGCUAAAGCUAUAGCAGAGGAAACAGCCAGCCUGGCUCCGUCUAAAAUCACCUCUAGUCUCACUGCAGGACAGGUUUCAUCAUUUCAUUCGUCUUGUAUUAGAUCACAUCUAAAUACUUGGCUAAAUACCUUUGACAUGGACGUUAACUACGACUCCCAUGAUGCAUUUCAGCUACAAACAUCCACAUCCUCAGUUUAUGUCGAACUGUAAGUUUAGCUUCAAACUGCUCAGUUUUACCAAAUGUUAACAAACACAAGCAGAUGAACGUAUACGGACCUGACGACAGGAAAGAAGCUCCAGUGCUUGAGGCGUCAGUCAACUCAUUUUUAGGUAUUUUUUAAUUAUUCCAGCUAAUCGAAGCUUUUAAUUGAAAAUUGGGCGUAAUUUUUCAGAUUGUGAACAAAUGUCCACAAACAAACGUACACUACUGUUCAAAAGUCAGAAAAAUAACCUUAUUUUUGAAGGAAAAGCAUUUUUUUUAUAAUGAAGGUAACAUUGAAUGAAUCAGAAAACCAGUCUAGACAUUGUUAAUGUGGUCAAUGAUUAUUCUAGCUAGAAAUUUUUAAUGGAAUAUCUCCAUAGGGGUACAGAGGAGCAUUCCCAGCAGCCAUCACUCCUGUGUUCUAAUGCUACAUUGUGUUAGCUAAUGGUGUUGAAAGGCUCAUUGGUGAUUACAAAACCCUUGUGGAAUUAUGUUAGCACACGAAUAAAAGUGUGAGUUUUCAUGGAGAACAUGACAUUGUCUGGGUGACCACAAACUUUUGAACAGUAGUGUAUAUAGACCCUUCUGAAAAUCAAAGAAUCAUCACAUUUUUAAGUGUUCUUCAUGAUCAAAGUGAUUGAUUUGAUAGUUAUCAGUAGAUUCAAUGUUAAACAGCAAACAGAGACUUGUAAUUAUCAAUUCGGUGAAAUUAAUGUGAACAAACAAAUGUCAGAUUGUCUUCAGAGAUGCUCCACAAAAUGACGCUUCAGAAUUAGUAUUUUUAAGUUCUCUUUGGUGUCUCAUUAAUUAAUUCUCUACUUCCAAAGUGUCACCUCAAACUGGAGCUGCCAAAAGCAAAUUCGGCUCAUUCAAAUGUCCAAAAUGUAGCUUCUGCUCCGAUACAAAAUUAGUUUGCAACACCAGAAACCCUGAGUCGAGCCAACUGUUUCCCUCUGAUCGCCAUCAUAUUUACUGCAUGUAACAGGGUCAGAGUUACAGAUGGGCUGCUGAGAGUUCAGAUCACCGUGAAUGAUUUGGUCCUCUUCAUCCUCAGGCUGUGUGAGGGGCAGCAGAUCAGCUGAUUUGGCCCAUUUUUCGUUGAUUUAACCUCUUGGAUCAUUCUGAUGCUUAGAUUUCUUUUUUUUCCCAACCUGAACAGUUUGACCUACGACCUUAUGCAUGUGACCGGUUUGAGGACAAACCCAUCGCAACGUAAGUGCAAUAAUGAAAGAGUCAUUUUAUGAAUUAAACUGUAAUGAAAAUGUAAAUCCUGACAAAUAUUAUCCGCAUGCCUAAAUGUAUUGAAGUAUUUAUUGAAGCUUCAUAUUUUAAAGAAUUUUUAAAAUGUAAAUGUACUUUAUAAGGUUUUCUUUUGUUUCCUAUCAUGACAUUCCUCUCUGCUUUCUAUAUCCCAGUUAUAUAUAUAUUUUUUGUCCUUUCAAAAUAAAAUGAAACUCCAAAA